AUGGCCGACAUGACGCCGGACCCAAUCUCAUGCCGUGGCCAGCUUGACACCGAGAUCUUCGGCAACACUUUCCCACACGCUUCCGUUGCGUGCGGUUUCGACGACCCGAAGCUUCGUCGCGAAGGCGUAACCGCCAAGACUGCAGCACCUGCAAGCGCGGCCUCUACAGAGCGGUUUGGCGCGAAAGUAGCGCGAGAGAGUCACUCAUCCCGUGGAGUUCGCGCGCUAGCUGCGGUUUGGCGCGCUAGACAGCUUGAAGUUGAAGUCUUCGAUCGGUUCUUGAAUUAUAUCAAAAUUCGAAUAUAA